AUACGAUGGAGUGUUCGCGUCCCUUUUGAAUUGACGUUUAUUGAUGAGCAAGCUGGUAGAGGGAAGGAGUCAGUUUUAGGGUCGAAGGUCAAAUCAGAAGGAUUGGUCAAUCCAUGUGUUCUAAAAAUAGUCGUAUGUCAUGUGUGUACAAUAAUAUUACUAUAUCGUUUCGCUUUGUGUUGCACUGCGUUGCACUGUAUGACAUUGAAACUUUGUUAUCACAUAUUUGAGAGUUUUAAGUUAAAUGAACGAACCCCCACAAUUUAGUCCUACAGUAUUAGAUUUUAUGAAAAUAAAAUGAGGUAUCUAUAAAAGUCAUUCUACAGCAUCUGAAUUUCUUUAGUUUUAUAAUUAGCUUUUGACAUUUUAUGGCAAAUCAUUAACAUUGCCUUAUUUAGUUGAGCUAGUCCAGAGGCCGCGGAAGCAUUUCGAAAGUAGGGGGGCAUUGGCCAAAAGGGGCACUUUUGUAUAUGAUCAAAAUCAAACGAUUUUAUGUUGUUCACGAGCCGAACGAAAAUUCUUGAAAAUAUGGAGUCUCUAUAACGUCGGAAAUGGCCUUUAUAGAGUCUUUACUACUGCAAAAACGGCACUUUUUCCAGCAGAAGAGGGCGUUUAUUCAAGAAAUACUUUUUUGGUGCUGUAAAUGGGGCACUUUAGCCCAGACAAAAGGGCACUUUUUCACUUUUUAAAAAAGUGGGGGGGGGCACAUGCCCCCAUUGCCCCCCGGUUUCGCGGCCCCUGUGAGCUACUAUAUACCUCAAAAAGAUUAAUUAAACAUACUUUGACAUUUUACUAGCUCGAAACGUCUAUCUGGAGUGCAUGUUUGUAAUCUUUUUAAGGCAGUUCACUGCACACAGACCAUGAUGGCAGCUUAUUGUAGAAUAAAACCUACACUAUAAUAAGAGCUCCAGGUUUUCUGUUAUAUUCUAUCGAAUUUGUACUUACGAUCGAUAGACUGUGACCGCACUUUUGAGAUAAACCUCUGUACUUUUGAGACAAAUUUCAAAGCGCCGCAAAUGUACAGUAUAUACAAGGGGACUUUCAACCCUAUUUUAAAUAAUUACUAACUUAGCCUGCGUAGCAGGCGUUAUUCGCGGGCACAAGAGAACGGGCAGCUUGAAAUACCGCCUGCCCAAAAACUAUAUACAUUCUGAGUUCCGCCCAGGCGCCCACCGAACGCAUGGUUCCACCCAUCUUGUCAAACUCUUUCAUGUAUUGCACCAGUGCAAAUAUACAAAUUUGACGUUUUAUAUUUUCUGUCCACUGAAUGCUAGGAGGACAAAGAUACCACGUUCUAUUCAGUGUAACAAUAUUUCCUCAUUCAUAGCGAUAGUUUUAGUCGAUGGCAAUAUUAUAGCGAUUUAAUGUAUGAGCUUUGAAAGUCAAGCAAGUUCGUAUAUUAUCAAAUUACGCAAUUGUUUGAACAAAAAUGUAGACUAGCCAUCAAUCUCGUUCCCAGAGUAUGCCUGUUCGCGGGUUAUAUAACCCCAGAUAAAGAAUUCAAUUAAUACAUUCGUUAUUUUUUCGUUAGUCUAUGCCAUCACUCGAUAGAUCGGCAUCAAUUUAUACGAAAAUAACAAUAGUUCAUAAUACGGCAACAUUAACUUCUAAAAUUGACACUAAUUAUUCUAAUUCUUUACUCCUAUCAAUCAAAAAUUCAAAAUUAACAUUCUGACCAAUCAGAAUGCUCCGUCAUCCAGCUGCCGGAGAACUCAGAAUGUGUAGUUUUUGGGCAGGCGGUAUUUCAAGCUUCCCGUUCUCUCGUGCCCGCGAAUACCGCCUUCUACGCAAGCUAUUACUAACUUGUAUACAUAUCUUUUUCUUCGGAAUUCUCAGGGUGAUGAAAUUUCCAAUAAAACCACAAGAUGGGAUGUUUCUUUUCACGAAGGGAUCCUUGUUGAAAUAAAACCAAAAUACGUUAACGAUCUACAGACUUUUAUCAAAGUAAGUUAAUUAAUUGAGUGGAGAUGAUCUUUACAUGUGGGGAUCUAGUAUAUACCGGAGUUGGGCGCGUGAGAAAAAAGAUUAUAUACUUAUUCGCUCCCUUGAACGGCCACUAUUAAUACUGCAUGCAUUUAUUCCAAUAUAGACUUACAGAUCAAGAAGUGUUAAACAUGCCUCAAAUUCAUCAACAGAAGUUUUAGAAUGGCACAGAAAUGUGCCGCAAGCUGAUGACGUCAUUGAUCAAGAUCGAAUUGCAUUGAGUGAGAAUUUAGACAAAAUGUCGCACCGACAAGAAAUGUGCGAGGUAAGCAUAUAUUCGUCAGAAUAUUGGUCUUUACAAUGCGAAUACUAGUAAAAAUGUCCCAUGUUGUUUUCUUGCAAUGGGAAAGUAAUUGUACGUUGCACAGGUGUCCCUCACCAAAUAUUUAAGUUUUUAUAUACCUGUACUUCGAUUUCAAUGUGCGUAUAAAAACAUGGGCGUACCGAGCGGGGGGGCGGUAGCCCCCCAGUUUUUUGGGCACUCUGGCAAUAUUCGCUGAACAGUCGGGCAAUUUUGGUUAAUUACAAAAAUAAUGGGACAAUUUCUAUGAAUUUUGCGGAAAUGUGACAAAUUCUGUGAAUUUUGCGGAAAAUUUUGUGAAAUUUCCCAAAAUUUUGUAGGUUCCGGACAAUUAUGGUAUGUCCGGAAAAAAUUUUUGACCCCUAAAAUGGUACACUGACCGAAAUUUUUUUGGCGACGGGUGGGGGAGGUCGCCAAAACAAGUUCCGGAAAAAAAUUUUUGUUACUUGUCGGGUAAAAUCCGGAAAAGUCGGGCAAAUUUCUUGCCGCCCCCCUAAAUUUUUCCUUCCGGUACGCCCAUGUAUAAAAAGCAAUUUGUGUCAACCAAAGCAAUUUUUAUUUCCAUGAACAUUUUUUGUUUUCAUGCUUCAUUGUUGAGAUUCUGUCGUGUAUGUGGGUUCAGAAAGUACUGUAUAGGAGAUACAGUACAGAUUUUGGCAUUAGUCCUUUGCAAAUUAUAUCAUUUUACCACGCGCGGUUCCUCGCAGCACCCUCAACUUUACUCGCGCGGUAAAAGCCAGGUGUGAUAUGAUUCAAUUAAUAUUGACUAUAACUAAUAUUAACUAUUACUAAUGACGGAACCAUAUGUAUAUAAACUAAGGCGAUUGAUAUUAAACUCUCCUUCAAACCUUACUACACUAGGGACCUGCACUGUAGCGGUCUCGUUGCAAGUUGCACUGGCAUGUGAGAAAUUUAAACUGCUAAGUGUUACUCAUUAAUCUUUUAAUUUAGUUUGCGCAGAUAUCUGCAAAUAUAUGUGACGUAACUAUUGAUGUUAAAGAUGGCUAUGAUGAGAAACUACUACAAGUCGUUAUGAUACAUCCAAAGGUGUGUGAUUUCCAAAAAGCACUUAUUAUUGAUAGAAAUUAUAUUCCGCUUUUACGUCAACAUUUAGUGCAUUUAUCAUUCUGUUUUGGUCACUUUAACACCUGCACAUCGUUUCUGAACAUUGUGUGCUAGCAUCUAGCUUUGUUGUUGAAUUGAAAUCUUACCAAUCCCUUUUUUACUGUGAACGGUGAAUUAAUAACUGACUACAGAGGAGGAAAAGUUCUUCUUGGAUGCCGAAAACUCAUGAUUUUAUUUUGGUGACAUUAUAAAUUUAAUAUAAAUUUUGCGUGUCGUAGAAAGAUUCUUUAAUUUACAGCUGCUAAAUUGUGCUAUUGAAAAAAUAAUUUAGAAUGGGAAAGAUUAGUUUGUUGCAAGUGUUCACUCCAGAUACUUUGUACGUACUGCAUUUGUCGUUGGGUCAUGACCUUUAGACACGUCUAAUCGCUUGUGGUAAUUUGUAUUGUUUUUCAAUCAUAAUUACGUAAUAUAAUAAAUACCUCAUCUGCAUAAAACGAAACUAACAUAUUAAAGACAAUACGACAUUGUCCCUCUUGAGUCGUCCAAAUUUGUGAAGACAAAACAGUAGAAGAUUUCACUAGUAAAGAACACUGGAGUAAUAUCGCCAACAUAAAAGAUAUGUGAGUAUAGGGACUGUUUAGAUUUGUGUCCUUUCGGGAAAGGCUUCCCUUCCACUGGAAGACAAAUAUGGCUACGAAGACAGCCGCUUUAUGGAAGCUAUAGAUGAACAUUUUGAUCGUCCUAUAUGCUACAAUGUUCUGAAGGAACCAGUGAACACAUAUUUUGCCGUGGCUGUAUCACUAAACAUUUAACUGAGAACUCGCAUAAAUGCCCAGGAUGUAACGAGAAGUUGACUGUGGAAACUUCGUCAAGCCCCACGCCUCAUAAACAAUUAUUUAUCUGAGGUGAAGAUAACCUGUGAUUAUUCCAGUCGAGGUUGUCAUGAGUAUGUUCGUCUUGAAGAGCUUGCUUUUCAUGUGGCGAAUUGCAAUUUUGCUCCGGUGAAGUGUUCAAAUGAGGAAUGCAGAAUGGAAGUUAUUAAGGGAAAGUUAAUUCAUCACAAUUUAGAGCACAGUUUGCGAGUACAGCAAAGUCCAGUGUCAUUCUUGUGAAAAGUUAGAACAAGAUGUUAAAGAGAUGAAAGAGAAAUUGGAAGAUAUGGCAGGAAUAAAGGAGGAUGUAGACCAAGUAAAGGCACUGCUCGUCCAGAUGUUCGAGAAAUUAAGCUUCCUUGAAAACAACAUUCAAAUCUUGUCAGCUAUCAACCACGCAUCGAAUACAUUGAUGGAAGACAUCGUAAUAGCGUUACGAGAAUCAGUUAUUUGUCGGAAGGAAGGGGGAAUUUUGGAGGAAGAA